AAAUUAUCAAGUGUCAAUCGCAAACAUGGCUGCUCCGCAGUAUUCGAAAUUCCAGAGCUCUCUUCCCGAUGAGUUUGACAUCAUUGUCUGUGGUGGUGGGAGUUGUGGUUGUGUCGUGGCUGGACGCCUCGCGAACCUGGACCAUAACCUGAAGGUUCUGUUGAUUGAGGGUGGCGAGAACAACCUCAACAACCCCUGGGUCUUCCGUCCCGGCAUCUUUGCACGAAAUAUGAAGCUAGAUUCAAAGACGGCUACGUUCUACGAAUCUCGGCCUUCCAAACACCUCGCUGGCCGCAAAGCUGUGGUACCAGUAGCACACGUCCUGGGGGGUGGAUCAUCUAUCAACUUCAUGAUGUAUACUAGGGCCUCGGCCUCCGACUACGAUGAUUUCCAAGCCAAGGGAUGGACUACCAAAGAGCUCCUGCCUCUUAUGCGAAAGCAUGAGACAUAUCAGCGAGCCGGCCACAACAAGGACAUUCACGGAGACUCGGGUCCAAUCAAGGUUUCAUUUGGCAACUAUCAGUACCCGAUCAAGGAGGACUUCCUCCGCGCAGCCGAGACUCAGGGAAUCCCUAGAGUCGAUGAUCUUCAGGAUCUUGAGACUGCCCAUGGCGCUGAGCAGUGGCUGAAGUGGAUCAACCGCGACACUGGCCGUCGAAGUGAUUCCGCGCACGCCUAUAUCCACUCUACUCGUGCAGUGCACAGCAACUUGUACCUUGCCACUAGCACCAAGGUCGACAAGGUCAUUCUUGAGAAUGGCCGGGCUGUCGGAGUUCAAGUUGUUCCAACCAAGCCCCUCGGCGGAGGUCCACCCCAGACGCGCACAUUCCGCGCUCGCAAGCAAAUUGUUGUGUCUGGAGGAACUCUCUCCUCUCCCCUGAUUCUCCAGCGAUCUGGUAUCGGUAACCCUGAGUCUCUCAAGGCUGCUGGUGUUAACUGCCUGGUCAACUUGCCCGGUGUUGGCAAGAACUUCCAGGACCACUACCUUCACUUCUCCGUGUAUCGAGCCAAGCCAGAGACCGAGAGUUUCGACGACUUUGUUCGUGGAGACCCUGUUGUCCAGAAGCAGGUCUUUGACGAGUGGCACCAGAAGGGAACCGGACCUCUCGCAACCAACGGCAUUGAGGCCGGCGUCAAAGUGCGCCCAACUGCUGAGGAGUUGAGGGAGUUUGAGACAUGGCCAACUCCGCAUUUCAAGGACGGAUGGAAGUCGUAUUUCGAGAACAAGCCUGACAAGCCAGUGAUGCAUUAUAGUGUCAUCGCUGGCUGGUAUGGAGACCACAUGCUGAUGCCCGCUGGUAAAUUCUUUACCAUGUUCAACUUCCUGGAGUAUCCCUUCUCUCGAGGUUUCACUCACAUCAAAUCCGCCGAUCCCUAUGAGAGCCCUGACUUUGACACCGGCUUCAUGAACGAUGAGCGAGACAUGGCCCCCAUGGUCUGGGGCUACAUCAAGGCCCGAGAGACUGCCCGCAGGAUGGACGCCUAUGCAGGUGAAGUCGAGAACAUGCACCCCUUCUUCGACUACGACUCGCCAGCUCGAGCCCACGACAUGGACCUUGAGACCACCAAGGCGUAUGCUCUUCCAGGCAACCUUUCUGCCGGAAUCACCCAUGGAAGCUGGUCAAAGAUGCUGCCAGAGGCCGAGAACAAGUGUGGAACCAACAUCCUCAACUCCAACAAGGUCAAUAGCCGCGGGGAGCUCAAGUACAGCGAGAGCGACAUCAAGGCCGUCGAGGAGUGGGUCAAGCGACACACCGAGAGCACCUGGCACAGCUUGGGCACUUGCUCCAUGGCGCCUCGGGAUGGUAACAGCAUCGUGAAGGAGGGCGUUCUUGACGAGCGUCUGAACGUCCAUGGUGUCAAGGGACUCAAGGUUGCCGAUCUCAGUAUCUGCCCCGACAACGUCGGAUGCAACACUUAUUCCACCGCUCUCCUGAUCGGUGAGAAGGCAGCUAUGCUUGUCGCCGAGGACUUGGGAUACUCUGGCGAGGCCCUGGAGAUGAAGGUCCCCACCUAUAUGGCUCCCGGAGAGUUGACGGUUCCGUUCCGCCUGUAAGGUCUCACCUUACGGAGAUGAUGGGAGAUGAGGAAGAAUGGGAUGCUAAGCAACGGGUUGGCUAUUGAGAUUGACACUGUAGCCGAGUUUUCAACUUGUACGAAGCACUGUAUUCCAGAUUGACUCACUGACCUCAAAUCAAUUUAC